UGCAUGUCAGUCUAUGCCGUGUAAGAAUGGAGGAACGUGCACUGAUACAGACACUUCGUACACGUGCAUGUGUAACACAGGAUGGACAGGACAGAACUGUACAGGUUUUGAUGGCGAUUUCAAACACGAAUACGUGUUUAUGAUUAUGAAGAACCACCACUAUGCAUCAAAUCAAUCGUCACUGAUUUACAUGACAACAAAUACCCCAGCAACCGUAGAAAUCUCCACUUCAAACAAUCUGAAUUCCUCCCUAAAGUCCGCCAUUGACAAAACCUUUUUCUUUACCUCCCAACUUAAAAUUACCCUACCUCCUGAAAUGCAAAGCGUUUCCUUCAAGACAGAGCCAAAAGCCAUGAAAAUUCGCUCAACAGAGGCUAUAACCGUUGUCCUCUUUGACAAUAACUAUUCACAAUCCAAUGACGGUUCUCUGAUUUCCCCAGUCGUAAAACUCGGCACUCGGUAUUUGGUAGUGUCUACUGAUCCUCGAGAUGAAAUGCACCCUGUCUACGCCAGUGUAUUCGCUAUUGCUGCGUUGGAAGACGACACAUUAGUUAAGAUAAACCUGAUGGUUUAUGAUGCAGAGCAAAAUUCAAGUGCUACAGAAACCUUCGAAAUCCCCAUGAAUAAUUUAGAGACCAUACAACUGGAGCACUAUAAUGAUUUAUCGGGAAGUUUAGUCGAGUCUUCUAAACCUGUGGCAGUGUUUUCUGGAAAUAGAUGCAACAUGUUUCCAGAAUCGAUAAGAUGUAGUCAUUUGAUGGAACAAAUGUCUCCGACUACAGAAUGGGGCAGUAUGUACAUUGUACCAGCUGAUUUCAAUAGCGAUGGUUCACUUUUGAUCAUAAUGACUGAUGGGUCCUCGAGCACGACAGCGAGCAUUUUAGUGGGUUAUGACCGGCAUGAUAUUAUUCUACUUCCUAGAAUACCUUUUGAAUUCACUUUGAGGGCGAACGAAACAGCAGUCAUCUACAUCCCUCAAGCCCGUGCCUCAGUAACCAGCUUUGUAAAAGGAAAUAAGAAUAAUAGUAACUCUGGUUCUCCAUACAUGGUUAAGAUUCCGGAAGUUCCUCAGAACAAAAGCCAAUACUCCAUCCCCAUUCCUGAAGGUUACCUGACCAAUUACGUAACGAUUAUGAUCGACGAAAGUUCCAAAUCUGAUCUUCGACUGAAUGGACAAGCUAUAGAACAGACAAAGGUUCUCUUUGAAGACGCAAAUAUUCUGAAUGAUGGGCGGUUCGGAUCGAUUCUUACCGUGGAAGUUUCGCCUGGUGUAUUGAACCUAGCUACAACAUCGGGCUCUCCGUUUGGUUUGCUUGUCUUUGGUUACCGGUAUCUAGAUUCCUAUGGAUUUGCGGGAAAUUUUGUUUAAGAAUAAA